AGAUAGCUUGGCAUUUUCGGGGAUUAACAUGUAGGCGGUGCACGGCCCCUGGGGCUUUGCCACGUGAUCGGCCGCAGCCCUAGGCCGUCAGCGAGCAUCAAACAAGAGGAUACCACAACACAGCGCGCAGCCUGCGACGAGCCUGUCCCUCGUGCCGAUCUGCUGCGCUGUCGUGCUCACCCAUCGCCCACUGCUGCCGGCCCGCUGCGCGCGAGAUACAUAGCCGGCGCGCGCAGAGCUCGUUGCGGCAUUGCAUUCCUGCGCAGCCAGCCCGUUCUCCCUCAGCCUCACUGUUUAGGCCAGGCCCGCUCGCUUCGCACCCGCCUCCCCGACUUCCUCCUCAGGCACCUCGCCGGGUCGCCACAUCAACAGCAGCAUCUCCCCUCAUCGCCCGCCAUCUGCCUCCGCGCUGUCGCUGCCCCGCACACAAUGGGUCUUCCAGUGUGGCGCGCGCCGUCCCCCGAGGCGCCCUCGCAGGCGCUCAAGGACCCCACCAGCCUGUCGCGCUCGCCCAUCAGAAGGCGCCGACCCACGCGUUCUCCACGGGCGCGCGACUUCGACGUGCAGACAGCUCUGCGCUCGCGGGAGCGCCCCGCGAGGCCCUACCCACCUGCCCCCAACGUCCCCGCGCGCAAUCCCCAGCGACGCGAAGAGCACGCGCCCCAAGACGAUGGCUCGUCCGCGCGCUCCUACUUCAGCCUCGUCAUCGACGCCGCCGAGCGUCGCACGGGGGGCCGUCGCACGCUGCCCGCACUCACCCCCAACUUUGCACCCGCCAUACACGUCGAGCACCGGCGGAGCGGUCCCGUCCUGCGGCGAACUGGCCUUACCCGCUCUCACACGCUCAGACACGCCGGCGACCGCUCGCCUGUGGCCGACCAAGACGUCCCCGCAGAGGCAGACGAGGACAGCAGCGACAACGCAGUGGGCUUCCCGCCGCUGCGCCGGAUGGGUCGCCGCACCAUCGCAGACGGUCCUCUGCCCUCCAGCUCCUUGCGCGAGUCAUGGAGUCCGGCGACGACAUUCGAUGGGCUGGGCGACCGCGAGCGCAGCGUGAGUCCGGUAGUCGACGACCACUGGGAGACGAUGCUCACCAGCGUCGCACCCGAUCCCCUGGCUCCCACGGCAGAGUCCUCUUUUGCCUCGGCCGCGGCAUCGGCAUCCUUCUCCACCUCACAUCCCAGCUCGCGCGCCGGAAGCUCCAACUCCAACACCAACUCGGCCACUUCUUCGCGCACUCACCUGACAAUUCCGUCACGGCGUCAGUCUUGGUCGGCUGACUUCCUGCGUGCAUGCGACACGUCCGAAGACGAUAGUGCCUCGGACACGGAAGCAGAGGACGAGGUUCUCGAUUCAAAUUCCAUGCGCCGAAGACACACGGCGGGGACAACGUCAAAUGGACCACCUCCUACGCGAGGGCCCUACUCACGCGCUAUCCGUGAGCAGUCCCGGGAGUCGACAGCUUACGUACGGAGCUUCUACGGCGAAGUGCCCUUCGAGCACGCCCGUCGUAUGGAGGAGCAGCUUGCAGCUGAGGAACGUGCUGCCACCGAUGAAGAGAUGCCACUGGACCAGGAGCUCCGCGAUGCCCGAGUGCUGCUAGAGAGGCUGGCACGGAGAGAAGACGUCUCCGAUGAUUUUUGGGCCUCGGUAGGCCUGCGCCGCCCCGUUGCUGACCGCGUAGAGCGGAUCCAGCAACGCGAGCGCCUGUAACGAUACCCCAUUACGACUACGAUUUCAGACCCGCUGGCCGGUUUGACACGCGAUUUCUUCUUGGAGCGAGACGCACCAGCUGACUGUACUGUAC